ACGUUGAGCUUUUAUUUUGUCAGCGGAAUGUGUCCACUUCCGGUAGCCGUCGUUGUGUUUCUCGUUAGCUUACAGCAGGAGGGGGACAGCGAGCGAAGCCACCGUCAGCCAGUCUGUAGAGAACAACAAAAACAAAGAUCUGGAUUAACCGUUCCUUAAUCGCCGCACUGACGCCGAGACCCGUCGCUGGGAAGCCCGUUACUCUGUCGGCCUCACACCGGAACAAAGAUCCAGCGGGCCGAGCGGACAGUCAUCGGGCCUCGUCGUCGUGGCCCAGCAGGACUCGAGUGAAGUUGGGAGCUGAACACCAAACUUCUGCUUCCUCCUGCUUCCUCCGCAGGGCCCGGGGCUCCUGUCACCGGCCCUGUGAAGGAGGACUAGACCACGGAUUCGCUCACCUACCAGGAGAAAGGAGUCCCUUUGAUGGGAGAGUCCUCUUUCCUGGCCUCCUGGGUCAAUCGCUGUGCCAUGAUGAUGGAUGAGCAGGAGGCGCUGAACUCAAUCAUGCAGGACUUGGCCGAACUGCACCGCUCUAGCCGUCCUGCUAUGGUCCUGUCAGACCUGGGCAAACCCAAAGCCUCCUCCCCCAAGAACCAGAACGAUGUGAGGGUGAAGUUCGAGUUCAAAGGGGAGAAGAGGAUUUUGCAGUUCCCUCGACCUGUCAAGCUGGACGACCUGAGGGCUAAAGCUAAGGUGGCUUUUGGUCAGAUGAUGGACCUUCACUACACCAACAAUGAGUUGGUGAUUCCUCUGACCACUCAGGAUGACCUGGACAAGGCCGUGGAGCUGCUGGAUCGCAGCGUCCACAUGAAGAGUCUGAAGAUCCUUCUGGUGCUCCAGACCUCAUCUCAGAACUCGUCCUCCAACAUGGACCUCCUGCCGUCCCAUGAGGAUCUGGACAACACUGGGUUCAGGGUGGCUGACAAGAAGAGUAUGCUGGCUUUGAUAGGCUCUCAUUCCACGGACCGCAGUUCUCCUCCUCCAGGAUACAUUCCUGACGCGCUCCAGCAAGUGGCGAGGAACGGCUCCUUCACCAGCAUCAACAGCGAGGGAGAGUUCAUUCCUGAGAGCAUGGACCAGAUGCUGGACCCGCUGUCCAUGAGCAGUCCAGAAAACUCUGCGUCUGGAAGUUGUCCGUCUUUAGACAGCCCACUGGACAGCGACUACCCAAAGUCCAGGAUGCCUCGAGCGCAGAGUUACCCAGACAACCACCAGGACUUUCCAGAGUAUGAUAUCCCCGUGUUUGAGAAGUCAGGAAAAGGAGGAACCUAUCCUCGACGAUACGGCAUUCCUUUUGGCCUUCAUGAUUACAGCGACGGGAGGAAGACCUUCCCUCGGGCCAGACGAACACAAGUCCACGGCUUCCGCUCGCCGGUGAACUUCAGCCCCACUGAGCAGUCGCCCAGCACCAGCAGCGGCAGCAGCGUCUUCACUCCUGACCUGGAGGAGGCCCCGGGGCCCGCCAGGAGGCCACGCAGGGGAAGCGACAUCGAACCCAACCCUAGCUCUGCUGCUCCUCCUACCCUGUCUGUGAUGGACAUCAGCCCGCCCAGCCGCUCUCCGCGCGCCCCGACUAACUGGCGGCUCGGUAAGCUCCUGGGUCAGGGGGCUUUUGGACGAGUUUUUCUCUGUUAUGAUGCUGAUACCGGGCGGGAACUGGCGGUCAAACAGGUCCAGUUUGAUCCAGAUAGUCCGGAGACCAGCAAGGAGGUGAGCGCGCUAGAGUGUGAGAUCCAGCUCCUGAAGAAUUUGUGCAAUGAGAGGAUCGUUCAGUACUACGGCUGUCUGCGGGACACCAUGGAGCGAACGCUCUCCAUCUUCAUGGAGUACAUGCCCGGGGGUUCCAUCAAGGACCAGCUGAAGUCGUACGGGGCUCUGACGGAAAACGUGACGCGCCGCUACACCCGGCAGAUCCUGGAGGGGGUUUCUUACCUGCACAGCAACAUGAUUGUCCACAGAGACAUCAAAGGGGCCAACAUUCUCCGUGACUCGGUGGGAAACGUGAAGCUCGGAGACUUCGGGGCCAGUCGGCGGCUGCAGACCAUCUGCCUGUCAGGAACAGGGAUCAUGUCUGUGACCGGCACCCCGUACUGGAUGAGCCCUGAAGUGAUCAGCGGAGAGGGCUACGGCAGAAAGGCCGACAUCUGGAGUGUUGGCUGCACCGUUGUGGAGAUGCUGACUCAGCGUCCCCCCUGGGCGGAGUUCGAGGCCAUGGCGGCCAUCUUUAAGAUCGCCACCCAGCCCACGAACCCCGUGCUGCCCGCCCACGUGUCGGACCACUGCAGGGAUUUCCUCAAACGGAUCUUCGUAGAGACCAAGCAGCGUCCGUCUGCUGACGAGCUACUGAGGCACAUCUUUGUACAUUAACCCCGCCCCCUCUCCCCUCCCCUCUGCCUGCCUGCCUGCCGUACAGCCAGAUAUGGCCUUACCUGACGGGGCGUCCCUGCCUCUGAGCCCGCCUCUCCAUCUCGGCGCUGGAACCAUAUUGGACUGGGAGGAUUUGGCUAGAAGUUAGGGGUUGUUGUUGGGAGAGUGGGGGCGUUCCUGCUCCUUCCAGCUCUGUUUUUAAGAGACUGCCAUAGAGGACAUGAUUUUAUUUUUCUCCGCGCGUUGCACCUUAAUUUGUCAAACAUGGAGGAUGGAGCUCCCCCUCCUAAAUCACUCCUUGAAAACGUCUCUUUUUUGAUGUUUGUACGGUUUCAAUCGUUUCGGAGUGGGAUCGUGUCGGUGUUGUGGACCUUCAGGAAGUGACGCCUGACUCUAGAGUGGCCCCGCCCCCUCAUCUUGCUGACCCGACCCCAGAAUGUAGUCUCCUGCCAAAACCCAGAGCGACAGUGACAGUGAUGACCUGAGCCCGCUGCUAAAGACGGAAAAGAAAACCCUGAAACAGUCUCCACUCUCCCGUCUGUCCCUGUCCUUUCUUUAGCUACCUUUCCUCCUCUUCCUCCUCUUCCUCACAUCAUCGCUUUCGCCAUGUGCCUUUUUUCUUUGAUCGCAGUGUUGGAGUGCGUCUGAGCUCAUGGAUGUCUGUUGUUUUUUUUGCUGCAUUGUUUGCCUUCCAGCUGAACUGCCUUUGACCGUUAGCCCAAACUGAGCUGAUCUCCGUUCAGCUGAAACGUCCGUCUCUGCCUUUUCAGCAUCCUGAUCUUCAUCUCAGACUGCAGGGUUUGUUUGUCUGCUGGUAACCAGAUUAUCCUCAGACUGGUCCUGUUGGUUUCAUGGUAAACCUAGCUGCUGAAGUACCGGCUACCUGAGGCUGCACACGUGUCCUGACUAAAUGCACUCAGUUCAUUUACAUGCAACUAGAACAAGUACAAACUUUGUAUCUGAAUGAUUAAAAGUUCACUUCAAAGGUGUGUGCUAGCAUGUUAGCCCGACAGAAAUCAUACCAGGUUAGUUUUUAGAAGAAAACAUCCGGAUGAUGUGGUUGGAGAGGGGUCAACUCUUGCAUGCAUGGACCACAGUCCAAGACCUAGGAGUUCUGAGCAUGCUCCACACCAGGCUGUAACCUCGAAGGAUGGGAUGCAUCAUAUUUGCGUCACUGAUUGUCAAACCUCGGAUUCAGGAGGAACAUCACAGAUUCUGGGACUGUGGCCCAGCUCUCUACCCUUGCAGGACUUCUUGAGGGAGCCUGCGCAUUCAGUCUAGAGGUGUUUUGUAGACUUGAAGAAGGCCUACGAUCGUGUCCCUUGUGACGUCAUGUUGGGGGUACUGCGGGAAUAUGGGGUCCCGGGGCCACUGAGGUGGGCCACCAGCUCCCUGUAUGACCAAAGUGAGAGCUGUGUCCGCAUCCUCAGCACAAAGUCGGGGACGUUUCCAGUGUGUGUUGGCCUCCGCCAGGGCUGCCCCUUGUCUCUGAUUCUGUUUGUGAUUUUCAUGGACAGGGGAGGAGGGUUUCCGGCUUGGGGACCUCAGAAUUCCAUCCCUGCUCUUUGCAGAUGAUGUGGUUCUGCUGGCUUCCUCGGCUGGGACCUCCAGCAGGCUCUGGGACAGUUUGUGGCUGAGAUGAGAGUCAGCACCUCCAAGUCUGAGGCCAUGGUUCUCUGCUGGAAAAUGGUGGAUUGCUCCCUCCGGGUGGGGAGUGAGUCUUUGCCCCAGGUGAAGGAGUUCAAGUAUCUUGGGGUCUUGUUCA